AUGAGUAACAGAAUGGAGGAAUUAGAUCCUGAUAUGCUUGGAGUGCUAAAGUGCGCUUUCAAUGCAGGAGUAAAAGUAAAAAGUGCAGCGGAGGUUGGAAAGAGAGCAGUAGAAUAUUUUCGAGGUGACGAUUUUGUAAAUUUUUUAAGUAGUAAUGGUGAAAUGUUAAAAAAUAAAUUUCCUAAUUUAUUUGUAAAUAGGAAUUUAUCAGAUAUGAAAGAAAUUGAAGAAUUCGCUGACACGUUCAUACAAAAAGGAUAUAUUUAUAAAGCACAAUAUAAACCAAUAAAAGGAAUAAAUGAAAAAGAUGAAAAUGGUGUUUAUAAAAGACCAAAAUGGCCAAAAAGAUUAAUUAUGACUUCAAAACAAAAUUUUGAUAAAACAAGUUUUUAUAUAUUAGUACAUGAAAGAAAUAAAAAAUUACAAUAUUUUAUGUUAAUAAGUUUAAUAAGUAUAGUUUUAAUUUGUUGUAUGUUUCCAGUUUGGCCAUUAAGAUUAAAAUUAGCUUUAUGGCAUAUAUCUGUAGCAUUCUUAACAUUAAUAUCAAUAAUUAUAGUAGGAAGAUUAGUUGCUUUUAUUUUCUUCUGGUUUUUUGGUGUAGAUUAUUGGAUAUUCCCAAAUCUAUUUGAUGAAGAAUGUAAUGUGGUAGAGUCAUUUUUACCAUUACAAUCAUGGGUUUAUAGAAAUGAUACAUGGUUUUUAUUUGUAGCAAGAAUGUGUACAGCUGUUUUGUUAGCUAUAGCUAUACAACAAUUAGGUAAAACUCAUUCCAUUGCAGAUAUACGUAAUUUUGCUACACAAUCAUAUAUUGAUAUUAUUGAAUGGGGUAAUAAGAAAUUAGCUGCCUCUCCUGAAAAUGUUUCAAUGUAUAAAUCUAUUGAUUCAAAAGCAACCUUUGAAGGAAAUGUAGAUGAUGAUGAUACUGUUUAUGAUGAAAAUGAAGAAAAUUAUGAUUGCUUAAAAAAAUGUGGAUUUACAAGUUUUGAAGAAUUAGUUAGAAAAUGCUUCUUAAAAUGUGAAUGCAUGGAGAAAGUUAUUAAGUCAGAUUGCUACAAAAAAAAAUGCUCCAAAGUUACAAAGGCUGUUCUGGAUGAAGCACAUAAAGAAGCAUGUUUUGAUAAAUCAGACAAUUAA